UGAUCUGAAUAUGGGUGAUGGCGGGAGGGGGGUUCGUCAUGGCCGCUUCCUUGACAUAAAUAAAGAAGAGAAACGCUAUUUGUCGGCGCAGAACAGGAAGCAGAGACAGAACCGCAGACUGCAGCGCACAGAGAUGACUUCCUAAACACACACACAUUCGGCUCUUUCACCAGAGAAGCUCAAACACAUCCCCAUCUUACAAGACGGAGCUCGGGAAGCUGAUAAAUGGAGAAGCAGCAGCAGCAUCAUCCGUCGGGUUCAGAGAGUCCGGUGCUCCCGCCUGUCGCGAGAAAACCGCGAAACCUCGGAGUAAACCCUGCAUCUCGACAGGACAGCGUGGAUUCAUUAGACAGUCCUACUGGGUCUCAUGUGGAGUGGUGUAAACAGCUGAUAGCAGCCACUAUCUCCAGCCAGAUCACCAGCGGAGUCCCUUCAGAAUCCAUUCACAGGGAAUCUAAGAUUGGGAAGAAGAUAGAUACUAGGGUAUCCAAGAGGCCAAAUUUCAGGUCUCAGGACUCUGGUGAAGAUGGCUGUCAGUUUGACAGUGAUUGUGAACUGCCGUCUCACACUUCGCAAGUAUUCAGGGAUGUACGACGGCCGGCCCCAAUGGAUGAAGUCCCAUUGGUCCCUGGAGAGACAAUCAAAACCACCGUUAAAGAUGUGAUGUAUAUCUGUCCUUUCACUGGAGCCGUGACCGGCACACUCACUAUCACAGACUACAAGCUCUACUUUGUCAGUCUAGAGCGGGAUGCACCUUUUAUUUUGGAUGUGAAUCUGGGUGCAAUCAGCAGGUUGGAGACUAUCAGUGUACAGAGUCUUGGAGAGAAUACCAGUGGCAUGGAGAUCGUCUGCAAGGAUAUGAGGAGCCCCAGGUUUGCUUAUAAAAAGGAGGAACAGAGUAAACUGGAGAUUUUGGAAACGUUGACAAAGUAUGCCUUCCCGCUGUCCAAUGAGUUGUCCCUGUUUGCCUUCCAAUACAAAGAGCAGUUUCCAGAGGAUGGAUGGAAGGUUUAUGAUCCAGUGGCCGAGUAUAAAAGAAUGGGUUUACCGAAUGAGAGCUGGAGUAUCAGUAAGAUCAACAGUAAUUAUGAAGUGUGUGACACUUAUCCUGCUCUGCUCGUCACCCCAACCAGUAUUAAGGAGGACGAGAUUCGACGAGUGGCCUCUUUUAGAGUCAAACACCGUAUCCCAGUGCUCUCAUGGAUCCACCCAGAAACUCAGGCCACUAUAGUCCGCUGUAGUCAGCCCAUGGUGGGCCCCACAGACCGCCGCUGUAAGGAGGAUGAGCAUUACCUCCAGACCAUCAUGGAUGCCAAUGCACAGUCCCAUAAACUCGCCAUAUUUGAUGCUCGGCAGAACACUGUGGCUCACAAUCACAAGACUAAAGAUGGAGGCUAUGAGAAUGAGAAUUUCUACCCCAACAUGGAGCUGAAUUUUCUGGAGAUCCCCAACAUUCAUGUCAUGAGAGAGUCCCUUCGCAAGCUGAAGGAGGUGGUUUACCCUACCAUAGAAGAACAACGCUGGCAUUCGGCCAUAGAUGCCACACACUGGCUGGAGUACAUACGGCUUCUGCUUGCGGGUGCCGUGCGGAUUGCAGAUAAAGUUGAGUCCAGUAAGAGCUCUGUGGUGGUUCACUGCAGUGAUGGCUGGGAUCGCACCGCUCAGCUCACAUCUCUGUCCAUGCUGAUGCUGGACUCCUACUACAGGACUCUUAGGGGCUUCCAAGUCCUGCUGGAGAAGGAGUGGAUCAGCUUCGGACACAAGUUUGCGGCGCGCAUUGGUCAUGGAGAUGAAAAUCACGCCAACUCUGAGCGCUCACCUCUAUUUGUUCAGUUCAUAGAUUGUGUCUGGCAAAUGAUGAGACAGUUUCCCUCUGCCUUCGAGUUUAAUGAGCUCUUCCUCAUCACCAUCCUGGAUUACCUCUACAGCUGCCUGUUUGGUACAUUCCUUUACAACAGUGAACAGGAGCGAGUGGAAAAGGAAGUGAACCGUAAGACUGUGUCAUUGUGGUCCUACAUCAACAGCCAAUCAGAGGAUUUUACCAACCCCUUUUAUGUGGAUUAUGAAAAUCAUGUGCUGUAUCCACUGGCCAGUCUAAGACACCUGGAGCUGUGGGUUGGAUAUUAUGUACGCUGGAACCCCCGCAUGAGACCCCAGAUGCCUGUUCACCAGAACCUGAAGGAGCUGCUGUACUUGCGUGCAGAGCUGCAGAGGAAGGUGGAGGAACUCCAGAAAGAUGUUUCCUCAUCGCGCUCUGUCUCCUCAUCUUCAGAGCAUGCAUAUUCUCCAUCACAUGGCGGUACACCACUUCACUCCUCCGUCUAAAAUACAUGCAUUCUGUGGAAAGAUUCUAGGGACUACAAGGUAACAUAGGAAUGUAAUGCCUACAUCUAUUAGUCGUUUAACUGGAUGAUACGUUUUAGAGCGCCAACAUAUGUAAGCUUGCAUGAACACACCAAAAAGAAAUAAUCUUCAACAAAAUUCAGUUUUAUUUUAGUUGUUUAAUCAUAGACAUUCUCUUAACCAGAUAACGAGAGGAUGUUUUGAUGACACUGAUUUUCAGAUGUUGUUCAAUAUAGGCCAGUAUUUAACUUGAUUUGUAAAUAUUGACUUCACUAAUUUAUUAGUAGCCAAAGUAACAUGAUUGUUUUUGUGUGAGUGUGUGAGUGUGUGUGUGUGUAUGUGUGACAGUUUUUCUUUGCUGCCUCGGUUGUCUCCCUUUGUGCCAAUUCCUGUGUAUAACCUUUAAGCAUUUCACAACCCCUUUAAUUCUUUAUAAAAUCCCACAAAAUUAAGUUCUUAAUGUUCCCAUACAGAUUAAUUGGUGUUUGUAUUGUAAUAUUAUUUUAUACGACUUUUAGAUUAGGGGUUUUUUUAUAGCACAAAUGGUUUCUUGAAUAUUAUUGAUGUGAUACUGCCAUUUUGGAAAUGCAAUUAGUAGUUUCUUUGUUUUUUCAUAGCACUUGAUAGUAUGAAUGUGCAAUGUGUGAACACAUUACUAGUGCACUACUACUGUACUGUAUUACUGAAAUAUAUGUUUACUAAAGGUAAAUAGGGACCAUCUGAUCUUAACUUCCCAUUCAUUAAAUAAGUAUAAUUAUACACUACCGGUCAAAAGUUUUGUGUCAGUAGGAUUUUUAAAUGUUUUAAAAUAAGCUUCUCCUGCUCACCAAGGCUGCAUU